AGAGGCAUCUGGCUGCUAAAAAUACCCUCCUGCCUGGCUCCCUGUUCCAGCUCCAGCUGAGCCGACACACGCACAUGCACACAGCUUCUUUUUGCAAAGAACCUUUCAGAACUGGUCAGGCCCCAUCCCAGGGCUGCACUCGCCCACAGCAUCUUCUGCUUUCUCCGCUGUGCUGGGUGACAAGUGAGACCCUUGCCCUGCUGCUGUCUUCUCGCCUGCGUACUCCUGUCUCCAGGAACGAGGUGCCGAAAUAGCAGCAGUGACAAAGGGCUUGGCCCAGCGCUGACAUCCCCCGUGCACCCGCAGACUCUGAGAUGACAAUAGGGAGCAUGGAGAACGUGGAGGUCUUCAACUCCGAGGGCAAAGGCCGGGGACUGAAGGCCACCAAGGAGUUCUGGGCAGCAGACGUGAUCUUUGCCGAGCGGGCUUAUGCCGCUGUGGUCUUUGACAGCCUGGUGACCGUCGUGUGCCACACCUGCUUCAAGAGGCAGGAGAAGCUGCACCGCUGUGGGCAGUGCAAGUUUGCCCACUACUGCGACCGCACCUGCCAGAAGGACGCCUGGCUGGACCACAAGAAGGAGUGCUCGGCCCUCAAGAGACACGGGAAGGCACCCAACGAGAACAUCAGGUUGGCUGCACGCAUCAUGUGGCGGGUGGAGAGAGAGGGCAGUGGGCUCACCGAGGGCUGCUUGGUGUCGGUGGACGACCUGCAGAACCACGUGGAACACUUUGGGGAGGAGGAGCAGAAGGAGCUGCGGGUGGACGUGGACACGUUCCUGCAGUACUGGCCGCCCCAGAGCCAAACUUUCAGCAUGCAGUACAUCUCCCACAUCUUCGGAGUGAUGGGACACCAGAGCUCAGAGAGGAAAGAAGUGUGCCCGGUGCUCAUGGGUGUGCCCAUGUCUGAGGAGAGUUGUGGGAAGGUGGCCUUCUCCAGUACCAACUGCCAGGCCGGGGCACACGGGCGUGCUGUUUCCAUUAUCCAGACACAGUCACUGACACACUCCAGCCAUGAGGCAGUGAAGUCCAUGUUUCACACCCAGAUGAGGAUCGAGCUGCGGGCCCUGGGCAAGAUCUCGGAGGGAGAGGAGCUGACGGUGUCCUACAUCGACUUCCUCAAUGUCAGCGAGGAGCGCAGGCAGCAGCUGAAGCAGCAGUACUACUUCGACUGCACCUGUGAGCACUGCCAGAAAGGGCUGAAGGAUGACCUCUUCCUGGGAGUGAAGGAAGACCCCAAGCCUUCUCAGGAAGCUGUGAAGGAGAUGAUACAAUUCUCUAAGGACACGUUGGAAAAAAUACACAAGGCUCGCUCCGAGGGUCUGUACCAUGAGGUGGUGAGGCUGUGCCGAGAAGCUCUGCAGAAGCAGGAGCCAGUGUUCUCUGAUACCAACCUCUACACACUGCGGCUGCUGAGUGUCGUCUCUGAGGUCCUCUCCUACCUCCAGGCCUUUGACGAGGCCUCCCACUAUGCCAGGCGGAUGGUGGACGGCUACAUGAAGCUCUACCACCCCAACAAUGCCCAACUGGGCAUGGCCGUGAUGAGGGCAGGCCUGACCAACUGGCACGCUGGUCACAUCGAGGUGGGGCACGGGAUGAUCUGCAAAGCCUACGCCAUCCUCCUGGUGACUCACGGGCCCUCCCACCCUAUCACCAAAGACCUGGAGGCCAUGCGGGUGCAGACGGAGAUGGAGCUGCGCAUGUUCCGUCAGAACGAGUUCAUGUACCACAAGAUGCGAGAAGCAGCCCUGAACAACCAGCCCAUGCAGGUCAUGGCCGAGCCCAGCGCGGAGCCAGCCCCGGCUCUGUUCCACAAGAAGCCCUGAGGACUUGGGGCGGGGGCAGCCCACGGGGAGGGGCUCUGGUGGCAGCAGGUCUCUUGGUGAGCAAGCUCAGCCUCGUGGGGACGUCCUGCCCUGUGUUCACUUUGUCAUUCGGGCUCAGUUCAGCUUGUCCAGUGAGUUUGACACUGUCUCCCAGCCCGACGCCUGUAGGUACUCGCUGGUGCUGGGCCCUAGCGUCUGGUAAUGGAGCCCCCAGUGUAGGAGGGAGACAAAUGUAAGUGAUCGAUUAAAGCCCAGUGUCAUCCCGAA